CAUUUAUAAUGUAUAACUUUAUUUUAUUUUUGUAAAUAAAAUAAUUUUAUGAAAAAUAUAUUAUUUUAUUAAAUAAAUCUAUGAUAAAAUGAAAACAGAGUAAAAUUAAAGAAGGUUUAAUUUUGAAAUAAGAAAUCGAAUAGGGUGGGAAAUGAUUAAAAAUAGCAUAUCCAAGUAUAUACAAACCGGUUAAGUGGCUCAAUAUCAAUUUCACAGUUGGUUCCCUGAUAAUUGGUUUGGUUCGGUUCGGUUUAGUUAAUUUGAUUUGGUUUAGUAAAAGUGGAGAUUGGGUCGGUAUUUGCUGUUAGAACGUUCACGAAAAAUCUCACAGCUCUCUCUGUAGAAAUCGCGCCGACUCUCUCUCUCUCUCUCUCUCUCUACACUCCAUCCAUCGAGCAAAGAAAGAGUUCUCAGCUGAGAGAGAUGCAAGCUAUCUCGAAAGUUUCUUCUGCAGCCUCCUUGUUUCGAUGUUCUACGAAGCUAACAAGUCAGCCAUGUAUGAGCCAGCUUAGCCUCAGAAAAGGACUUGCCUCUGGUGUGAUUAAGUUGUUCUCUUCGCCUCUCAAGACUCUGUGCGAUGCUGGAAGAUCUGUCCACGUGUCAAGAUUCUGCAGUACCUCUAAUAUCUCUUCCUCAUUGCAAAUUGAACUGGUGCCAUGUCUCGCCGACAACUACGCUUAUAUAUUGCACGACGAGGAGACUGGUACAGUUGGUGUGGUUGACCCUUCUGAAGCUGUUCCCGUUAUGAAUGCCUUAAAGCAGAAUGGUCAAAACUUAACAUAUAUACUGAAUACACAUCACCAUUAUGAUCACACUGGUGGGAACUUGGAAUUAAAAGACAAGUAUGGUGCAAAGGUGGUCGGCUCAGCUGUAGAUAGUAAACGGAUUCCUGGAAUUGAUAUAGCUCUGAAAGAUGGUGAUAAGUGGGAGUUCGCUGGCCAUGAAGUCCAUGUUAUGGAAACUCCUGGCCACACAAUAGGCCAUAUUAGUUUCUACUUUCCAGGGGCACGAGCAGUUUUCACUGGGGACACCUUAUUUAGCUUAUCGUGUGGUAAGCUCUUCGAAGGUACUCCAGAGCAGAUGCUAGCUUCGCUCCAGAGGAUAGUUGCUUUGCCAGAUGACACAAGCAUAUAUUGUGGCCAUGAAUACACACUGAGUAACUCCAAGUUUGCGUUAUCUAUAGAACCAACUAACGAGGUACUCCAGUCUUACGCAGCCUACGUUGCAGAGCUCCGUGGCAAGAAGUUACCUACGAUUCCAACGACGGUGAAAAUGGAGAAAGCGUGCAACCCGUUUCUCCGCACUGGGAACAUGGAUAUUCGCCGGGUUCUAGGUGUACCAGAGACUGCAGAUGAAGCAGAAGCUCUGGGCGUUAUAAGAAGAGCAAAGGACAAUUUUAAAGCUUAAGCUAAAUCAUUAGAUAAUGUUUUGCUAUGUACAGAUCAUGAAUCGUUUGGUUUAAUAAUGUUUUCAUUGUCCUUACAACGUGCAAUGUACUUAAAAAGUUAAGUUGUUUGAAUCAGACAAGUUUUACAUGUUCAUGAGAACUGAUUGUUACCAACACAGUUUUACAUAAAUAAAGUCACAGAGUACA